CAAGGAUGGGGAGGCUGGAGUAAGGAGAGGUUUGCUAUCUUCGAAAGUGUCUCCCCACGACCAGGCCAAACUGUCGUUCCUCCACCUGCAGCGAUUAAGGAGUAUGUGAGCUCAUUGGGUGUUCAGAUGGACGUGAUGGACUCUAGAAACGCAGCAUCGACAUAUAACCUUCUCAUAGAGGAAGGACGAAGAAUCGCCGUCGCUUUGUGUCCUCUCGAA